AUGGCGGAAGCGGUGGUGGUGGUGGGAGGGAGGACCAGCGGCGCCCGGGGUGGGGAGGCCCCGCCGCCGCCGCCCUCCGGCCCGCUGCGCCCGCCCGGCCUCCGCCCGCCCGCCCGGCCUCCGCCCGCUGCGCCCGGCCUCCGCCCGCCUGCGCCCGCCCGGCCGCCGCCCGCCGCGCCCGGCCUCCCGCCCGCCCCGGCCUCGCCUCCCGCCCUCCCGGCCCGCCUCCGCCCGCCCCUCCUCCGCCGCGCCCCGCCUCCGCCUCGCCCUCCGCCUCGCCGGCCUCCGCCUCGCCCUCCACCGCGCCCGGCCUCCGCCCGCCCCGCCCUCCGCCCGCCCGCCCUCCGCCCGCCCGCCCUCCACCCGCCCGGCCUCCUCCCGCCGCGCCCCGCCUCCUCCCCGCCCCGCCCGGCCGCCCCGCCUCCUCCCGCCCGCCGAGCCUCCUCCCGCCGCGCCCCGCCCGCCCGGCCUCCGCCCGCCCGCCCGAUGGAGAUGAACAACAACGUUGUCAUGGACUCGAUGUCGGAUUCGUCGGAUUGGUCGACAUCCGACGAUUCCGACAUUGAUGAGUUGUUGCAAGACGAUGAUGUCGAGAUGAUGAGCCUCCUCGUCGAGGUGCAAUCGUUUGAAGACCGCGCGAAGCUGAUGGAUCAGAGGAGAGGGUCGACGAUGGGGCGAACCACCAUCUACCGGAACCGCGCUCUCGGACACGAGCAUUUGAUGGAAGACUACUUCGCCGAGGUACCUACGUACCCUCCUCGCCUCUUCCGCAGAAGGUACCGAAUGCGCCGUAGUCUAUUUGUGAAGAUUGUCAUCGACUGUGAGGCGGCCUCCACAUAUUUCAAGCGUCGUAGAUCCGCCGCCGGUAUCAUGGGGUUUAGUGCAUACCAGAAGAUAUCGGCGGCAAUGCGGGUACUGGCCUAUGGUGUACCUGCGGACUACACGGACGAGUAUCUUCGCAUUGGGCAAGAUACAACCACGGAAUCCGUCCGUAGAUUUGCUAAGUUAGUUAUCCGGUUGUAUGGUGAGACAUACCUUCGAGCACCAAACGAGGAAGAUACAAAAAGAUUGAUGGAAACCAAUGAAAAAAGGGGAUGGCCGGGGAUGCUAGGUAGCCUUGAUUGCAUGCAUUGGACAUGGAAAAAUUGCCCAAAGGCAUGGCAUGGAAUGUAUUGCGGUAAAAGCCGUGAUGCUACCAUUGUGCUUGAGGCCGUGGCAUCGGAGGACACAUGGAUUUGGCAUGCAUUCUUUGGGUUGCCGGGAACACUCAAUGAUAUAAAUGUGCUCAAUAGAUCUCCUUUGUUUAAAAGAAUAAUUUCUGGAGAUGCUCCAACUUGCAACUACACAGUCAAUGGCAAUGACUACUCAAUGGGAUACUAUCUCACCGAUGGCAUUUAUCCCGAAUGGGCAACUCUUGUGAAGUCCAUCAAGGAGAAAAAUGGGGUGCCCUUGUCCAGAAAAGAGGCUCAUUUCACAAGGGCACAAGAGGCAGCCCGCAAGGAUAUAGAGAGAGCUUUUGGUGUCUUGCAAGCAAGGUUUGCCAUAGUUCGGGGUCCGGCUCGGUUUUGGGACAAGAAAACCUUGGUGGACAUCAUGAAGUGUUGUGUGAUUCUACACAACAUGAUCCUAGAAGAUGAGAGGGGGUUAAACUUGCCUUGUUUCUAUGACAAUGUUGGCACACGUGUGCAACCGGAAAGAAACCCUUCUCGUGUAGAAGCUUUUCUUCAAGCACAUCGUGAGAUUGAAGAUGCAGCCACUCAUGGUCGUCUCCGUGAUGAUCUAGUCGAGCACCAGUGGCAUUUGGAUGGGCAGCGCCGUGCCGCAUGAUUUACCUUUGUUCUAUUUGAUUCGAACAAUUAUUGUUGUAUGGUCCAACAUUGUUGUAACAAUUUGAAUGAUUAUUGUUUUA